AUGAAUCAUUUAUCUCCAUUCUUUCCUUUACUAAAUGGAAAUCAUCAUAAUCAGAUGGAUUCUAAUUUACAGAUUGUUUGGCGUCAGAGUUUAAUUGUUCGUACUGAAUUCACGCCUUUAAAGUGCCACAUCUCUCUCAGUAUAGCUAUCGCGCUAUCUUUUCAACCCUUAGUGUCACAUCUCUCUCGGUAUAGCCAUCGUGCUAACAUUCAACACUUAAAGUGUUACAUAUCUCUCAGUAUAGCCAUCGAACUAUCUUUUCAACACUUAAACUGUAACAUCUCUCUCAGUAUCGCUAUCGACCUAUCUUAUCAACACUUAAAUUGUCACAUCUCUCUCAGUAUACCCAUUGAGCUAUCUUUUCAACUCUUAAACUGUAACAUCUCUCUCAGUAUCGCUAUCGACAUAAUGUAUCAACACUUAAAGUGUCACAUCUCUCUCAGUAUAGCCAUUGAACUAUCUUAUCAACACUUAAACUGUAACAUCUCUCUCAGUAUCGUAAUCGACCUAUCUUUUCAACACUUAAAGUGUCACAUCUCUCUCAGUAUAGCCAUCGAACUAUCUUAUAGACACUUAAAUUGUCACAUAUCUCUCGGUAUAUCCAUCGAGCUAUCCUUUCAACCUUUAAAAUCCACAUAUCUGUCGGUAUAG